AUGGCCGCAACAUGGCUAUCUAAGACCUUAGUCCCGAGCGGCGUAGUGGAGCAUGUGGUCUGCGGCAAUUUUGUCGCCACCUGCCAGCCGGGCCAUGCGCAGGUGGUCCUGCUCCACGCCGGCAGCAAUCUCGAGCUGCUAGCGGUCGGAGCCUCAGGCGCAGCUGCCAGCGUCUGCAGCCAGCCCCUUCAAGCCGGCGAUGCGGUCGUGGACAUGCGCGUGUUGCCGCGGGCCGCCCGCCUUGACACCACCGCGGUUGCGGUCCGGCCCUGCCCAGAUCCCGACAGCCUGCUGCUGCUGACCGGCUCGGGGCGGGUGACAGUGCUGCGGUUCGAUGAGCAGUGCAACCGGUUCGUCCUGGUGCAGGAGGUGCUGCUGACGGGACCAGGCACACAACCGCGAUUCCAGCCACGGCUCAUGGCCACGUCACCUUCGGGCCGCCACGGCGUCGCGAUCGCUGCCUUCCAAGACCGGAUCUUCUACCUGCCGCCCGCAUCCUUGGUGGCAUCCACACCACCGUCUGCAUGCGCACACACACACCCGUCAGCUAGUACAGCAACAGCAGCAGCAGGAAGAGAAGCAGGAGGAAGUCCUCGGACAACGCCAGCAGCAGCGGCAGGAGCGGAAGCAGCAGGCGGCGGGACGACGACGACGACGACGACGGCAGGCGUCCCCGCCGCCUCCGGUGGCGGUGCUGCGGUCGCGGGCCGAUAUCCUGCCGUACUCUCCAACACACCAGUGCCGUACAUACACCGCCGGCCGCGUGGCGCCGCCGCGCCGCCGCCGGUGCUCACCGCUGGUCCGGUAGCGGGUACGGCACCGCGGGACUUACGAAGCGCUACCGUGGAUGCAUUGGCGGCCUCCGACUCGCGGUUCAUUGCUGGCAGCAGCUUCCUGCCGCUGCUGCCGGAGGCAGGUUUCGGAGCUAUUUGGGAUCUUGCCAUUUUAGAGGGGCCGGGCCUGAUCACCGCCGGCCGUACUGGCGCCGGGGCGAGCGGUGGCGGCGGCAACGGCGGCGGCGGCGGCAACUUGGUGGAGUUGCGGCGACGGCAGCGGCGGGAGCCGGGGGAUGAGGGAGCUGCCGUGGUCGACGGGGGCAGUAGCGGCGCCAGGGGCGUUGACUAUUUCCGUGUCGCUGCACUCGUGCACAGGUCCAGUACUGACAGCGGUGCUGCUCCGACUGCGCCUCCCCCGCCAGCCGACCUGCUGGGUGUGGGUCACCUGCUGCGUGCGGCUCCGCCUGGUCCGGCUGCUGCCGGGGGGCAGGCUGAGGAUGCAGGUGCUGCUGCGCUGGUGCGCUCUAAUGCGCGUUCCGUUGCUCGGCUGAAUGAGAGAGGUCGAGGUCUGUUGGUGGUUGGGACACACGGCACAGUAUUUCUCAUGGCGGCCCUGUUGGCACGACAUGCGCUGCCGCCCGCCGGCAGCGGCGGCGGCGGCGGCACCGUCAGCGCCGCCGCCGCUACACCAGCAACGGCCGGGUGCUCGGCUGCGUACAGCUCCGCGGCGGCGGCGGCGGCGGCAGCGGCAGCACUGCCGCCGCCACCUGUGCUUUACCUUGAGGACUUAAUGGCGACCGCCGCCACUGUCACCUUGGCAGCUCUAGGUACGGCAUAUCCAGCGGCUGUAGCGGCGCGUGAGCUCCCCCGAUGCGGCGGCGACUCUAGCAGCUCCAGUGGCGGCGACGGCGGCGGCGGCGGGAUUGGCGGUAGUACGGAUGAUGGCGACGAUGACGUUUUCGACUUUUGUUUUCCGGACCUCCACUUCAGAAGGGCGGUGUUGAGCCCGCUGGGCCAGCAGCCGGUGCGCGGUCAGGGCGCUCCGGAGCGAGCACCCGCCGCAGCCUCCGGACAUGGCUGGGCGUACCUGCGGUUCGCGGAGACGUACUUCGGGCCUGCGGCCGCCGCGCCCGCAGCCACUGCGCCCCCUGGAGCAGCAGCAGCAGCAGCAGUCGGUGCCGGCGGAGUUCAUGCCGCGGACGUUGGGAUGGUCCGCGUCUCAGCCGGUGACGGCGACGGCGGCGGCGGCGGUACGGCCGCGGCGAUGGACCUGGACGACGACGGCGAGAAUUAUGCGCGCCGCGGCGGCACGUCGAGCGCGGCGGGUUUCGGAGGCGCAUAUGGCGGCGGCGGCGGCGGGAGGGUUGACCGAACGGCCGCAGGCGAGGAGGAGGACGACGAGGGAACGACAGAUAGCCGCGCCGCAUCCACACGCAUCUUGCCACGGCGGCGACCGCGGCGGCUCGGGGCCUUACAUGAUGCCUUUCUGCGCUACCGCGCCACGGAGUCCCAGGGUGCCGCCGCCGCCACCACCGCCGCCGCCGCUGGCGGCGAGGGGUCACGGCACGGCGACAGCUUGCGCGAUCGGCUUGCUCCGUAUUCGCGAGGAGGACGAGGCGGUGAGGAGGCGGCACAGGAGGAGGAAGCGCCGCCGCCGCCGCCUCCGCCGCGUUUCCCGCCCCACGCGGCGCCGCUACUUCAGUUGCUGAACCGCGAUCGAGGGACUCGGCCAUUGAAUGCGCGGAGUUUGCGGACGAUGAUGGACCCGGAACAUCUGCGGCUGGUGAGGAAGCGUAAGGAGGGGGCGGAUACCGUGAGCGCCAGGGCCGCGGUGGACGCGGCCACGGCGGCCAUGGCGGCUAUCGCGGCCGCGGCGUUGGACGAGCAGGACAUCCACGGGGCGCGGCCGCUGCCGCCACUCAAACAGGCCCCGCCGGUGCUCGGCGUUGAGCAGCUGCCGUUCGCAGAGCCGCAAUGCAAAGGUCACAUAUGCACUGUCGCGGAGUGGUUGUCUGCGCCAAUCCCACCGCCUACGCUGCCGCCGCCGCCGCCGCCAGCCCCUCCGCACUUCUCCGGCAUCGCCAGAGCAGCAUCGCCAGCCGCCGCUGUAGCAGCGGGCCAUGCGCCGCCGCCGCCGCCGCCGUCACUGCCUCCGCCAGCUUCUGCCUUCACGUCCCGUGUGAAUGGAAGUGGUCCUGAUAUUGCUACCGCUGCAACCUCCAGAGCUGCCGCGGCGGCGUGCGCGCCUCUGCCCCCGCCUCAGCGGCAGCUGACCCACGGGUCAGUGGCGCAAAUGGCCCGCCGGCUACUGUUAUGCUCCGCCGCCGGGCCUGCGCUGUGCCUUACGGUGACUUUUCCAACUUUUUCAACGCCGCCACCAGUGCCGCCGCCAGUGCCGCCAGCGUCGCCGCCGCCUGAGAAGCACCGCCAUGGUAGCCCGGUGGCGGCGGCGGUAGCGGCGGAAUACGGCGCCGCAGAUGACGUUGAGCUAUUAGAUGCGGCCGCAAUGGGGAUGCAACCCAACAUCUCUGUUGACGCUCGCGAUCUGGAGCACGAGGAGGAGGGGGGGGAUCCCGGGGGUGCUGCGGAGGGGGACGUUGGGUUGCCGCAGCUGCCCGAGAUGCGGAGUCCGCCGCUAGCGCAAUCCCGAUGGCUCAGCAGCGGCUUCACCACGGACACCGCCGCAGCCGCCGCAGCCGCCGGCACUUGUGCUGCCCCGACAGCGGCGGCGCGGGCUACGGCCACCUUGAUCGGCUUUGCCCGCAGCAGUAGCAGCAGCCUUCCGACGUCAGGUGGCGCCGUCGGGGCUCCCGCUAGCUCGACUACGAUUGGCAGUAGCCCGCCUGAGGUGGCCAAGGGCCGGCGGCAUGUGGCGCCUCCCCCUGGGGUUUCCGGACGCGCUGCGGGCAUCUCCGGAGGCCGCCAGGCUGCCGCAGCCUCCUGGGCGACCCGUGGGUCAGGCGGGACAGGAAAUGUGCCUGGCGGACGGCGGACCAAAACGUCAGCCUUACCAGGGAGAGGAGGUGGGCUUGGCCGCUGGUCGUGCGGCGAAGGCGGCGGUGGUGGUGACGGCCCAGGGCCAAGACGGCCCGGGGGGGUGAAAGAGGCGGCGGCGGCGGCGGCGGGAGUGCUGGCGCUACGGCUGCUGGGCCGGGUGCCGCAGCCUCGGCCGAUGGUCGAUUUCGUGGUGACGGAGGCAGCAGGCGUGUCGGGCCGAGGACGCAUGCUACAGGUUACCGGGGCCGUACUGGGACUGGAGGCGCCGGGGAGCGCUCACUCCCCUCCUCAUCCUGCCGGGGGCACCGCGGCCCCGGAGCACAAGCUGCAAGUGCUCCGGGGCUGUCUGGCAGCCCCCGUGGUGGCGAGUGUACCCAACCAAGGCGCCAUCCCGAACGGCUUGUGGUCCAUUCCCCUCCGUACGGCAGUCGCCUUAUGCACGUCGGGCGGCGCUCUGGGUGGUGGUUCCGGAGCGCCGCAGCCGCCACGCGCCGCAGCCGCCGCAGCGGCGGCAGCCGCGAACUCGCUACCAGCCGGCGGCAGCCUGGUCGUGCUGUCGUAUGUUGGCGGUUCACGUGCGCUGGCACCCGUACUGGAUACGGAUUUCGCAGCGGAAUCCAAUCCUGGUGGAUCCGGCGCGUCGCUGCCGUACGGCGAUGUGGGCCCAGCUGACGUGGCGCCGUCGAUGUGUGACGUGACGGAAGCGUUACAGCUGCGGCACUGGGAGCCGACGUUGGCGGCGGGGCUAGUGGCGGAAAGCGUGCUCGUACAGGUUGGUUGGUACGACAGAACGGAAUUAACGGAAAACUGCCUCGGUUACGUCCUUUGUUUUUCCUUGCAGAUAACGCCGUCGGGGGUUCUGCUGGUAUCCCUGGACACUCUGGCCAACCCGGCGCUAGCGGCCGCCGCCGCUGGCGCCGCCGCCGCCUCCGCCGCUGCAGCGGCAGCAACAGCGCCCUCCGGCAGCUCUGUACUUCCCGACGACGUCGCCGCCACAGGUGGCGGCGGUGGCGGCGGCGGCAGUAGCUGGGACGCGCCCCUCGCGAGGAGCACCACUGACGGCGGCGCUCUGACGGAAAGGCCGUUUCAGGUAGGCUUUUUCGGCCAGGCAGCGGAGGUAGCGGAGGUAGCGGCCGCCGCGACUGCCGGCGGCGGCGGCUGCAGCGAGAGCCGUUGCCCAUCCAUCAGCGGCUACAGCUCCGUCGCGGAGGGCAUGGGCGCCAUGGUUCUGGCGUCGGACAUGUUGCUGGAUGACGAGGUGCAGGAGGGGGUCAGGUCCACGGGAGACAAUCUGGCUUUAUACUCGCCGGAUAUCUUGCCGCCGCCGCCGCCGCUACUGCCGUCGUCGGCGCCGCUGCCGGGCUUUGGUAACGCAGCGGGCGACACCGCCGCCGUCGAGGGCCUUGCGGGGCUUCGCCGUAUGCUGUCCAUGCCGCCGCCGCCGCCGCCGCAGUUGCUGACGACGGCGGCGGGGUCGCAGAUGUCUGGCGGCCCUGACACAGGCGGCGGCGGCGGAGCUUCGGCACCGGCGGAGGCGGAGGUAUCUCCCGGCGGCGUGGGUUGGUGGAGCGCCGCGGCUCCGGACAUUACCUUGGGCUCAGUCGCCCCCGGCUGCGUGGCGUUGGUCCGGAAGCUUGACCGCAGGAUUACGGUGCUGGGGGUGGUGCAGCGGGGCAGCCUGGGUGGCGGCGGCGGCGGCGGUGAUGGUUCCGCGCCCUCCCGUCUGAGUCGCAAGCGGCCGCGCAGUACGGUUACCGUCCGGGAACUGGGCUGCUCGCCGCCGCUGGACUGCGAGCCUUCAUGCUGCGCGUUGCGGGCCCUGCCGCCGCCGCCGGCCCAGCCGCCGCCGCCUCGCGCACACGCCCUCCACACGUUCCGAAGAACCCCCUCGGCGUCGUCGUCAGCCUUCGUCGCCGCUGCCGCGACGGCAGCAAUGACGGCGGCGGCCGCCGCCGCCGCGGACGCAGUGGAUCCUGGCGGCGCCGCCGGCGCCGCCGCGCCAGCGGUCCAUUGGGGUGUCGGUUUGCCGCCGUUGCCGCCUCGCACCGGGCCAAUCAGCUCCAUUCAGCUCCUGCUGCUGACCCACGGGUCGUCGGGGCUGCGCUGCUCGUUGCUCGCGCGGAUCUCCACUUCUGUACCUCCGGGCCUGGGACCUAGCGCCGGACCUGCAGGGCCUUUGACGGCCUCUGUUCCGGAGUCCGUCCUUUUCAUCGCACCCGCUCCAAUUCCAAUGGCGGCGGCCGCCGUGGCGGCGGGGCGAACCGCAGGCGGCGGCGGCGGCGGCCGUCUCAGCAUUGCUAACAGGUGGGGCUCUCCUGGGACCUCCGAAGCCGUGUUCUGCCUCGUUGGGCUUCGUAGCGGCGGCGUUGCGGCGUUCAGUUAUGGUGCCCCCGCGGCGACAUCGGAGGCGGCGCUGGCGGCGGCGCCGUCCCAUUACCGGGCCAGCAGCGACGGCGCGGAGGAUGCGGCUGCUUGCAAUGCAGGCGACGGCAGCGAUUUCGACGGCGUCGAGGCGAUGGAAAAUGACGGCCCGGAGGCCGCCAAGGCGCAGGUUGUACAUUCAGUAGCGCCGACGGCGGCGGCGGAGGUGCUGCGGCUGGUGUGGCACUCCCCCCUGGAGCAGGUGCCGCUGCGCUUAACCUCCCUAGCGCCAUUUCGGCCUUGGCAGGCCUUGGCGGUGGGGACUGCCGUACACUUGCUGGAGCUGACGUCUCACUCGGGUCGGCUGCUGUGUUCGACAGUCCUGCCGGCCAGCGGCAAAUGGGCUCCGGAUUGCGGCACCAGCAAGGCCGCGAACACGGCGCCGCCUCACCCCCUCGAGGCUAUCUUGGCGGUGCCGAUGCACCUCCCCGCUGCAUCCGCCGCUACUGCGGUGGCCACGACGGCGGCGGCGGCAGUUGGAGGGGAAGCAGCCGGAGCCGGCUUUGACGCCUUUUUGCAGCGCCCAGUUCGGCUGCCGCCGCCGCCGCCGCCGCCAGGUCAUCCCGGGCCCCAGGAGCUGGCACUUGUCGUGCUCAACGACGGCUCCUGGCGGGUGCUAUCUCUGCAGCGGCUGAGUCGCUUGGGCCGCCAGCCGCCGAGCGUUAUGCCAUUGGGCCCACCUGACGGCGUCGGCGACGGCGCGACCCGCGGGUCAGUGGGAAAUGGCGUCAGUGAGCGGCGGCCAGCAUCCCUGCCCGUCCCCGGUACGGCACCUCUUGGCCGCCCGCGGCAGCUCCUCUUUGUACCGCAGCUCCUGCCGGCCCUGUCGUCAUCGUCGUUGUCGCCGCGCGCCGUCGUGCAUGAUGAUGACCGCCUGCCGGCAGGUGUGUCGGCGGCGCCGGGCGGCGGCGCCGGGCGUGCUUGCGACGGCUACCUCAUCCUUCUCGCCGACGACCCGCAGGGCUCACAGCUGCAGCCUCACGGCCAGUCGGCGGGCUCUCGUUUCAUCCACGUAUUGGAAGCCGCCAGCGGACGCUUGGUGACGAGCUUCGACGUCGACGCCGCAGCCAGCGGUUUCCUGGCAACCUGCGCUUCCGUGUGGCAGGUACGGCCGGAAGCCGGCGUCAGCAUUGACGUUGACGGCGGCGGCCCCGGCGGCGGCGUUGGUCCGCCGCCAUGGGAGCGGCUGAUGGGCGGCGGCGGCGGCGGCAGCGGCUUGCUGAACGAUGAUGACGGAGGUGAGGUGGAUCUUGGUGAAGAAGGCGUGCACGGCGGUGACGGCGGCGGCGGCGGCGGCGGAGAGGUACUGAUGGGCGAUGCGAGGGAGGCGCUGCCGCCGGGUCAUCUUUGGCAGCGGCGGUUGUGGGACCAGGGGGGUGGGUGGGAAGCGGCGGAGCACGAAGCGCUACAGGUAGCGGAGCUGGCGGCGGCGGCGGCGGCGCCGCCAGCCGCUGGUGGCGCGGAGGAACAUAGGGAGGCUGCGAGGGGUGCGGCGGCUGCGGAUGCCGCGGCGGCGGAUCCGUUCAUGGUUGAGGAUUGGGAACUGGAACCUUUAAUGGCAGGGGGAGAGGCGGCGGCGGCGGCGGCGGCGUUGGCGGCGGCAGCAGCUGACGCGAAUCAGCCGCAGGAGCCGCCGCCAGAGCAACCUCACAUGCACCGGUGGCGGUGGCAGGGCGAGCGGGCCGGCGCACCGGCGGUGGCGGCGGCGUUUGAUGUUGAAGAGUUUCUCCGCGAGUUGGACGAGCAGCGGGGUGCCGCCGCAGCUGCCGCCCCCGCCGCCGCUGGCAUUGGCGCCGACGGUGAGGGACGUCGGGGUAUGGAUAUGGAGGAGCCUUGGCGGCGGAUGCGCCACUUUGUGGGCUUCCUAGGCCAAGUUCCCGCCGCGGCGCGGCCCGGCGGCGGCGGCAGCAGCGCCGCCACCGCCGCCGCCGGGGACAAUACGAGACGCGCCAGGCCCGCCGGCACUCCCGCCGUACUACUCGCAGUUGGGUGUAGCGGUCAGGGUGGCGGGGAGGUUAUGGUGCUGCAGAUGGUGCCGGCGCUGCUGCAGCUGCUGCCGCGGCUGCGCGGCGGCGACGGAGCUUCCUCUGCCGCUACUGCUGCUACUGCUGCGGCGGCGGCGGCGGCUGACAGUCCAAACGGGUCACCGUCACUGGACAAGCUGGGAGAUGACUGGUUUACGUGGCCGGUGGCGAGAAGGCGGUCUCCGUUGCAGCAUUGGCUGGGACGGAUGGCGGGGAAUGCAGCUGCAGCGGCGGCGGCGACGGCAGUGCCACCGCCGCCGCCGCCGCCGCUACUGCCGGCCCGAGAAGCGGUAGCAGUAGCCAAUGCAAGUGACGGCGCUGAGGAGCAGGCGCCGCCGCCUCCGAGCUCCGCGGCGGCGGCGGCGGUACGAACAGCUGCCGCUGCUGACGACAGCGGCGGCCUGCCGACCACCCGCGUCGUACAUCUGCAGGUCGUACACAGGCUACUGUUGGCCAGGCCGGUGACGGCCGUGUGUCCGUACGACGCGGAGACGCUGGUGGUGGCGGCGGGCCGCCGACUGCUAAUCUACGCUCUCCGCUGCGGUCGCCUCCACCGCAUGGGCUGGACCCCGACGAGGAACUCCGUCACGGCCAUGUCGGCUUGUCCAGCGCGCUCCCUGCUGGCGUGUACGGAUGGCACUACCGGCGUUAUGCUGUACACUGCCGUACACGCAGGCUACGGCACUGGGGCGUCAGCGAUGGCGGUGGGGCCGCCGAUUGCGCUGCGGCUCAUUGCUGCGGAUGCCGUACACAGACCUGUGACGAGUUUGCUGCUACUGCCGCCGCCGCCGCCACAGCUACAGCCGUCGCGGUCAGCGUCGGACGCGUCAGUUAGCAACGCCGGCGGCGGCGGCGUCGCCGCCGCCGCCUCGCCGUCAGGCGAGCCCAUGGACACCGCGCCGGGGGCGGCCGACGGGCAGCCGGACGCCACCACAGCCACCGCCACUGAUGCGGCGGCGGCGGCGGCGGCUGAGAUGGAUUGUGUCGUAAUCGCUGCGACGGACUCUUCCGGCCAGCUGCUGAUGCUGGCGCCGGGGCCGCCGAGCUCGGGACUGCCCUGUCGUACAUUGGUAGUGGUGGCGGCGGCGCAGUGUCCAGAUACUGGGCUGCGGCUACGGGCUCAUCUCCCCCGUCCGGUGCCCCGAUAUAACCAAGCUCGGCCCUUCCAGCCCGGCGCUCCGGCACUGCUUCUUGCCGGCCUGUCGGGUGCCGUACACGUCGUACGUCCAUGCCCUGAAGCGGCGGUGCCGCUGCUGGUCCUCCUUGAAAGAGCGCUGGCGGGCUACUGGGCUGUACGGCACGUGACGGGCGGCCGCCACCGUUGUAUUGGAGAGGCUGCAGUGGAGGACGUGGAUGACGUGGCGGGGCGCUGGUGGUGGUGGUGCAGCCACCAGCACCACCCGGGUGUCCUGGACGGAGACCUCUUGGAGCAGCUGCUGGACCUGCCGCGACCCAUGGGUCUGCAGGUCCUGAAGGGGGUGCCGCCAGGCGCUCUGACCGCCGCACUGGCCGCCGCGCGCACUGGCCUGGACGCUCUCUAUCACCGGGCGGUGGCGGAGGCGGACAGCCGGCUGCAGGCCAUGACGCUGCGGGAGGACCGCGAGGGGGGGCCCCAACAGCCUCAGCAACAGCCUCAGCAACAGCAGGUGCCGGCGCCGAAUGGGUUGUUGUUAGCGGGGCGUGAUUCUGAGCUGGGUUUCGGAGCGAGUCCUGCAGGAGGAGAGGAGGAGAGUCUGGACCUGGUGCUGCAGGUGCUGCAGGAGGUGUUGCUGCUGCCACCCUGA